UCGAGUCAAGGCAAUAGCCGCUUGUCCAUCGUAUCGGCUCGACUGUUCGAAGUAUUUCGUGUCGCGUGUCUACCUCGAAAUCUUCGGCGUUUCUAGUGACUUUUCGCGCCACGCAUUUGUCAUCGAUUAAUCAAAUUAGAUUAAAAAAUUUAACUAGAGGUGGACUCAGCUAAAUGUAGGUUGUUUCAUAUAAGAGGCAGUUUAUCCGCGGUAUUUUUUGGAACGAAUUCCCAAGAAUUUUGGAGGGACGUUCGAUAAAGUUUUUACGAAGGUGCACGAGCCAGCAAAACAUGCCACGUAGAAUUUGGCAGCCCAUGGUCCAAUCUGUUGACGUCUAACAGUUAAGCACGACGAAUAUCGAUAACUCGUGGCAUCGAUAAUUUCUACUGAUGCAAAAGAUAAACGAACAUUUGAACAAAUAAAAAAGCUUGAUAAAUAAUUCUAUAUCAAGAUAAAUCAAUGUCCCGGGUGGACGGAAAGGACGAUGACAGAAUGCCGUGUCUGGGGGACAGUUCUGCUUCUUAUCAAUAUUUCAAGUUUAAUAGUAGAUACGAGCGCAUUUGGGGGACGCAUUUCGAUGAACGAUGAGAAAAGAAGAUCCUUCGAGACGGAGGAUUCUGUAUACUCUUGGACAGGACCGAACGCCCUGGCAAGAUCCGCUUUGGUAGAACGUCAGGAGAGAUUACAGUACAAUUGCGAGGAGAUCUUCGAAGACAGAGAUUCUCUGAAUAAGGAUCUGAAUCCAGAAUCCUUUAGGAAUAUUCUCGUCGACGAACAACACGAACUUUUAUAUUGUUACGUUCCCAAGGUUGCGUGCACGAACUGGAAACGAGUUCUGAUGGUGGCCACGGGGAAAUGGCCAGGUAAUGAUCCUAUGGAAAUACCUGCUGAUCAGGCGCAUUCUCCAGGUACCUUUCAGAGGCUCACCAACUAUACCUUGUCCGAAAUAGAACGAAUGUUGGCGACUUACGACAAGCUGAUCGUCGUCAGGCAUCCUUUGGAAAGGUUGUUGUCCGCCUAUAGAAACAAGCUGGAGGCGAAACACGAGAAGAGUUCGAGAUACUUCCAAACUCGUUUUGGGAAGAAGAUUAUCAGGAGAUACAGACAAAACGCCACUGUAGAAUCGCUGAGAAAUGGCGAUGACGUGACAUUUAGAGAAUUCGUAGAGUUCGUCACAGAUGAUUCGUCGAAUGAGACACGAAACGAGCACUGGAAGCCAAUUUAUGAGCUCUGUCAUCCAUGCCUGGUUAAUUAUAAUCUCGUCAGCAAGUACGAGAGCUUAGUUGAGGAUGCCACAGAAGUUUUGGAACGGAUGGGGGUCGAAUCAGUCAAUUUCCCAACGAAACCAGUGAACAGUGAGCCAACCGCGAAGAAACUAGAAAAGUAUUAUUCUACGUUGACGUACAAGCAACUUCGAAAGUUGGCAGAUUUGUACAAAUUAGACCUAAGGCUGUUCGAUUAUUCACUGGAGGACGUGUUGGGAUUCUCGUUGGCAUGACUGAAUAUUCAUCGAGGAUUUUUGUGAAUAAUACGCUUCAAAUUAUGAAUAGAGAUGAGCUAACGUAGCUUAAAUAGUUUGGUAUUUGUUCGUUUCCAUGUGUUUUGUUCUCAAUAUAUACAAGCAUGACCAGUUCGCGUGCGAUCAUUUGUACGGGUCUUUCCAUCGUAUUUAUGCUCGUAGUUAUUAAUUAAUCAAUUGAGUCACAGAGAACAAUGCUCAAGCAGCAUCGAACCGGUCGUUUCACAAAUCUCUAAGGUAGCCGCUAGUCGAACAGAGAGAUCUUUUUCCUCCUUUGUCGUUGUUCUUAUUUUUAAAACGCGCGGAAUCUCCCGUGCCAAGAAUUUAAGGAUAUAAAAACCGGUUGAUAGUUUGUUUGUGCCAAUGAAGCAACUUUUAAUAAUCACCUUCGAGAAUGAUCUUCGUGUUUAUAGGUAUUAAAUAUCCGGAUGCUAUUGAUGCAAAUGUCGCCUUAUCUAUGUAGACACUUAAUAGAAGAUCUUGUGGAUUGUGCCUUAAGCAAACCUGUAACAGAAUUCUCGCCAUAUUUGUGUACCUACGUAUGUUAGUAAUAAGGAUACAAAAAUUGUACGACACACAUUCCUAUAAUUAAUCAAUUUUAUAGCGUAUACUAUAAGUUACCACCCAAGCCUCUCUUUUUACCGAUAAACUAUUGUAAUUCCAUCGCGAGCGAAAUAAAGAAAUAUUUUAUAAAA